AUGAAGCCUCGCAAUGUUAUGCUUUGCACUCUGACAUUUACACUCUGUGACCUGACUAUAUCCACUGUUCUGUAUACAUACAGUUGUAAAAAGGCAAGUAUCUUUGAAGAUGUGAUGCACUUUAAUAUAUUUCACUCUAUGCUGGAUGUCUGGGGGACUACUCUGCUGAGAACCUGUAUAUGUGUUGGAGCUGUCAUAGGUGUUGCCUGGAACAGGGCGAAUGGUCCCCAACGACUGCAGGCAUCUAUAACACCAAUGACUCUGCUGUGCUACCUCAUUGCUUCAUAUGCCAUGAUAAAAUUGCUGCUGUUUUCUGAAGAGGAAAAGCCUGUACAGGACGCCUGGUUCUGGAGUCUUCUGUCAUGGACUUGGCUGUCAUCAGCUAUGACCCUCUUCGCAUGGAAACAGAUGGGAGAGUUCACACCUUGCAUACAGGAGACAACAAUGUAUUCUGGCCUACCAGAUGACCAGGAGGUAGCACGGGUGGGCUCACAAAGACCAGAGGUGGAAAGUGACACAUCGGGGGCUACCAUAGGAAGACUUCUUUCGUAUUCUAAACAGGAUUUUGGUUAUCUCUUCAUAGCUUUUUUUUUCCUUAUUCUAUGCACAUUGGCUCUUUUUCUGCAGGGGUACGGGGUGGUCUUUUCACCUUCACAUUCGCCAGACUGA